UUUGUUUGUGAGUAGUAGUAGUAGUACUAAAUUCCAGCUGUCGAUUCUCGCUUACCCAUAAAGGAUUAAGCGCUAUAGGAAAGGAGGUCACCAGUCCAUCUUUUCUCCUCAUUUUGCAACUCGCUGUUAAAUAGUGAACAAUCCUUGUAACUCACAAAUUCUUUCUUUUUAGAGGCACACAUGCUCGGUUAGACAGCCUCCUUUUCUCAAAAUUUAGUAGCUUCAUUCACUAGUCAAAAACAAAGGGAGCUUUCGUUUAAAUUCCAAAUAAUAAUUUGUUUACAAAAAUACAGAUUUUGAAUUAUUGAUUUUUCAGCUAAAUUUAAUUUAUUCAAUGGGUGAUCUUUACAACCUAAAAUUAUUAUCAACAACAGCUACAACAACAGAUAACAACAAUUCCAACUUUUGGCCACCAAAUAUUGAUGAGCGCGUUGCGCAUUUAGACUUUGGAACGUCGACAAUGGAAGAUGUUGGCAAUACUAGCGCAUUAUUUGGUAGUGUAAUUGGUGGUGAUCCACGGCUUGUAUCAACUGAUUCUUUGGAUAUUGAAAUGCUUAGAAUGAGAUGUGAAAAUAAUAAACAGAAUGACUACAAAUUAACUUUCGAGGAUGAUAGUGGGCAGUGGACAACAAGUGGUAUUGGAGCAAGCUUUAUGACAAAUGCAAGUGCAAGUCCUACAGCAUUGCAAACACGGAAAGCUCUUCGAUGUUUUCGGGGAAAAGAAGGCGAACAGACAACUUAUAAUCAACAUCAUCCAAGUUUGAGAUUGUUAGAACGAUUAAAUUCUGUUGAUGAUGAAGAUUCAGCAAAAAUCAAUGAAAGGAGAAAGAUUGGCAGUGAGAAAUGGCGAGAUAAAAUAUUGGAUGAAAUAUUUAAUAAUAACAACGGCAGCACCAGCUUUUCUCAAAUCUACAAGAAUUCUAAUAAUAAAAAACCAUCAGCAAUAACCUGGGGAAGAAUUGGUUGUAAUUUUGAAGCGGCAGGAUCAGAAUCUAAUGAACAACUUUCGCGACCGCUAGCUUUUGAUUCUGACAAAGUUAACAGUUUACCUGUUUUGCACACUAAUACAAGUGGACAAAGCCAUGGACAAAGUAAAAAUAAUGCUUUCAUCAAAGGAGACUCUUCACCGGCAGUUGCUCCCUCUCAAAGUUCAAGAAGAACGCAAGCAAAAAUUGAUUUUAAUGAUGAUGGAAAUGAGGAUUUAAACAAUGAGUAUUCUGAAUUUUACCUUGGAGAUGGACGCUAUAUUGACAUGAAUCACAAUGAGAUUGGAUUUACUCCAAAUAACACAAAUCAAAUGAAGCAACAUGACAUCAAGCAAAAUCUUCAGGCUGCAAACAAACUUCAGAAAUGCGAGGACACUAAAAAACAACAAUUACCCAAUCGUCAAACUACUUCAUUGGCAUUAACAUCGUCGGCAAACAAUACUAAAAAGGAAAUGCCUAGAACCUUUGCAGAUCUUUCUCCAAGCAAAACUGCGCCAGAUUUACAAUUUAUUGCAUUGUCAUAUAAGGUUCCAUCAAUUACAAAUUCUUCAACAAUUGCCGCUACAGCUUCUUUCGAUGAUCUAUUGAAACAAGCAAAAGAAGGAAAUCUUGGCGCUGUUUUAGAAUGUUAUCCAUCAGAAAAGAUGCUUUUUGAAGCUGGUAGAGAUGAUAUUUGCGAGGAUGUAGCACCUGAUUCUGGGUUAGGAUCUUCACAUUCAGAAGGACCUUCACAUAUCGAAGAUUGGCAUUCACUCUCUGUGCUUUUGCCAAGACAUGUAGUUGAUGCCUGCUCCUUUUUCAAAACCAACAGUUUCCUUCUGGGUGUGAAUGAUAAUAACAUUGAUAAACGACGUUGUUACUGUUGCCAUGCCUCUACAAUUGGUUCUGGAAGAAGAUUUUAUGAAAAUAAAUGGCAAAAAUUGUUGAAUCAUAAACAGAACAAAAAUGAGUGUUGCUGUUGCGAUAAUGAGGCGUGUGUCAAAAGUUCAAUCGCAACAUUUAAUCCACAACGCCAUCGUUUGAGAAGCAACACUUGUUUGGCUUCAACUGUUACUGAUGAUUUGUUUUUCUCUUCUUAUCCAAUUGGAAGUUCUUCAACUUCGCAUGAAAAUUAUACACUGAAACGUCUCCAUCAACGCGAGUUGGCGAUUAUUGGCUUGCCGAUUUAUGAGCAAAAACGUGGAAUUGUUGAGCGUGUCGUCGCUGGUGUUGGAGAACAAGUUCGAGGAGCCCCUACAUCUGUGGUAUUGUUGGCAGCAUUGGAGGCUUUAUUUGUAGAUGGUCUUCAUUCAACUAUUCAACCAUGGGAUGUUAUUAGACAAUUAACGGGAAAAGGUUUACUAAAUUUUUUUGAAUUCAUCAAUUUAAAAAUUCGUUUAGGACCUGUCACGGCGUCAAUUUUUCAAUUAUGCGAGGAGCUUGAGGUUUCAGAGAAGCCGAAAAAUUCUCUUGUCAGUCAUUUCUUUCAAGGAUUAAUUGCGCUUCAUUCUGUUGAUUGCUGGUUUUCCUAUAUUGUGCUGAAGGAGCAUCAAUUACGUAAAUUUUAUCUUGAAACUUCUUUUCUUCUUGGAGCCAAUACUUCAUAUAGAUGCCUUUUUGCCCGUUUUAUUGACUAUCUAGAGUUAUUGUCAGUGCUCAAUCUUUGCAAUAGAAGAGGAUCAUUGUCGUCAAAUAAAAAAUUUAAUAAAAAACGCCGCCCAUUAGUGACAACAUCAUCUUUGGGAGUUUGUGAAAGAAAUGUUGCUGUUGAUAGUGUUGCGGCAAAAUUACCAAGUGAUUCACGUGUUCCAAAAAGCUCGUCAUUACCAUCAAGGAUAACAUUGAAUUCAAAUAAUGUUGCGGUCAAGGAUGAGAACCCUCCUCACAAUCAGAUAAAUAAAGGGGAAGGUGAAAAAAUAAAUGCGUCGGUUCCAAAAAAGCGACGAUCAAUGAUUCCAGUGCUCAGUUCGCGAAGCAAAUCAAAUGCCACAUCUUAUUAUCUUCAUGUUUAUCAUUCACGAAGUAGUUCAAGGCGAUCAACACCAAUGCAUAUUUGUAAUGUUAAAGAAAAUGUUUCUGAAGAAGCGACAAAAAAUAAAACAAAAAAAGGAACGCUUUUGAAUGCACAUAAAGGAGAACAAAUUGGAGUUAUUUCAGUACGUGGCCCAUAUUCACGAUGUGUACGUCUUGGUUCUGAAGAUGGAAAAUUAGUUUUACGAAAUGGUGUGAUACCUACUGACAAAUUAGAGUUUCUUCAUACUGACUAG